GUCUACGUGGUGAGGUUUGGAACCACUAACCCGGUUGUACACUUAUCACCAUGGUUGAGACCCGUARUGGGAAGGAGACUAGCCCCUACACCAUGGAGCAACAAGAAAAUAUGGUCGCCUUAGUCAGAGUGAGUAAGGAGAGGAAAGAGCGUGAAAAGCAAGCCAAGCUAAAGGCUAUCGCAGACGAGAAGGCGGCGAAGAUGAAGAGAUUGGAGGAGGAGAUGAAGAAAGUACAACAAGAGGAGGAAGAAAGAAGAAAAGUUGUUGAAGCAGAAGCGGCAGCAGAAGAAGAGAAAGAGAGGAUGAGGAUUGAGAGUGGAGAAGGGAGUAGUGGUGGCACGAUGACAAGGGAAACAGAUACAAGGCUAGAGAAGAAGAUUAGCAAGUGGGUCGCUAAUUUAUCGUUGGGGGAAGACGAGGAGGCGGAGUCCUAUGUAACUAAGGAUGAGAAGGCUGUGCUGGCCGCCGAGCUAGCAGCCAUGACAGACCCGAUGGAACGAAGAGAGAGGGAGGAGGAACAAAAGUUAGCAUGGAAGCUGAGGAUGAAGAGAGAGAAGAAGAAGAGGAGAGAGGAAGUGAACAAGAUGACCGCAGAGGUGGCAAAGGUGCAGGAGUGUAGAGCGGAGGUGCUGGCCCAACCARACGAUAAGGCCAAUUGCAGUUGCAAUGCAUUUGUUGCACAUGCCGUAGUUCACAGUAGUGAUGCUGAAGUCUUCUCCACCGUGACGAACACCACUGUUGCCGCAGAUGCCAACGAUGGCGGGACCGAUUUCGAUUCUGUAGGUGCUUCGGAGUGCAGACUGAGUUCCGAUGUGGGAUGGGGGUCAUUGCAAUCAUCAUGGAACGAACGGCGAAGCCUUCAAUAUUUUCCUUCAAUGUUUACCCCCACGGUGAACGGACUCCUCUCUUAUGUUGGGGAUGUGUUCGUUGCCCUGGAAGAAAAACGAACCGCGGAUUCUCAUUUCUAUGCCAGAGAUGUUACUUUUGCAACCGAUGGGGCAACCCUAUACUGGGUGGAACACAACUACACUGAGCUGGGACCAAAUAUGACCCAGUUCCAGUCAUCAAUCAAGCAGGCGACUCUGUCCCAGACGACAUCCUCCGCUGCGGGAGACGUUUACACAAUUUCGCCGGUUGCUGGGCCAUGGCUUAGGCCAGGUGUCCAGCUCACUUCCGCGGUGACAAACAUGACGUUUACGUCCACACUCAUGGGCGUAGUCGCUUUGGACGAAAAGAAGUUAGUCGUCGCCGACUUCCAGAACAGCCUUCUUCGGGAGGUGGACGUCAUCACAAAGCUGGACACGAACUUAACGCAGGCGAUCCACAAUCCGACAUUCUUGGUGAAGCAUCCGUUCCAGUCGUCCUUAUUGGUCGCCUCAGGAGAUCGGAUCUCCGUGGUCCCUAUAUCGUCAGAUUCUGGAGCUGGAGGUUCAGCCAUUGAUGUCCUUGCUGGUCCGUCGACCACGAGCAAGGAUAGGGGUUACACGGACAGCGAGAUAGGCUCGGAGGUUCGCUUCAACGACACAUUUUUCGGCUCCCGCUCGCUUUACAGGAAUGGAAGCAGUCUAUACGUCGCAGACUACCUGAACCACGUGAUUCGGCAGGUGGACAUUCGUACCGGCGCAACCAGAACCAUCGCUGGAAACAGGAGUGACUUGCCUGAGUUGAUGGAGAGAGACGGGCCUCCGAUGUUGGCAAAGUUUUCUGGGCCAACAGGGGUUGUUGUGACCUCUGAUGGGUGUAAUCUGUUUGUUGCUGAGUUUGAAGGGGGAGCAAUCCGAUGGUUGACGCUUCGAGAGCCGGAGGGAGAUGUCAUAGCAGUGAGGACGGUUGCAUCGUUGCGAUACAAUCACGGCAACAGAGGACGUGCCGCAUUCGUGUCAAUCACUCUUUCUAAUGACGAUCAGUAUCUCAUCGUGGGGACCUUACGCUCGAGGCUCCUGAAGCUGAAGCUGAACAUUUCCGCACUUCACCCCUGUGGUACAGAUUCUGAACAAUUCACGUCCAUCGCUUCACCAGUCCCACCGGUCCCACUGGAACCUUCGACGGCACCCAGAGUUCCAUCGGCACCUCGUGAAUCUUCGCCUGACAGUGUAGCAUUUCCUUCGUCAGAUUCGUCACCACUCGAACCUGCAUGGGCACCACCGUCGCCCCUUCCACCUAGUACCAACACAACCAGCCAACCGCCGCACCCUGGCAGCCCCAGCUCCGUAGAGUUGCCUCGUGAUAAAGGAAGGACCGGCAUAACUGCAGGUGCCGCCAUCGGUAUUGGUAUCUCUGUUGCAGCACUGACACUGGGGUGUGUUUUCGUCGUAGUUUUAACUCUAGUACUGAAAUUUCGUCGGCCUGCGAGUCAGUCCGGCGUCCCUUCUGACGCUCAGAAGACUACUAGGACACGGCAGGCAAGUUCCCGCACCCGUUCUAGUAGUAGCAAACAGAGCCUAUCCAUAUCUGGGACAUCUUUGUUAGGUCCUGGAACCCCCACACUAGAAGUUAUAGGCGUCAAGAUAUUCACGCUAGCCGAGCUAAGGACAGUGACCCGAGGGUUCAGUCGCGACUUUCGCGUAGCUGGCAAAGGUGGCGGGUACGGCGACCUGUACAGGGCUUCGCUGACGAUUGGAAAGGACGCUGUCGAUGUGGCAAUGAAGGUCAUGCGAGGCGAACUUGACGAUUGCAAGUACAAGCAGUUUGUCGCCGAAGUGCAAACGCUGGGCCGUAUCCGACAUCGAAAUUUGGGUCAUCUCAUUGGCUACUGCAUGGAGGAGAAGAUGUGUAUUCUUGUCUAUCCCUUCAUCACGGGUGGAAGCCUAAGCGACCGACUGCAUGAGAUAGCUGCCGCACGGCUGCAAGAUUCAUCGCUCAGCAGAGGGAGUGCCGCCAUCGACACAUCACCACUGGAUUUGUCCGAGCGGCUUUCUAUUGCCUGCCAGCUGGCAAAGGUCCUACAGUAUCUGCACCACGAUAUCAACCCGCCCAUCCUCCACCGCGAUAUCAAGAGCAGUAAUGUGAUGGUGAAAAACAGAGGGCGAAACAUUCAUGCAUUGUUGAUCGACUUUGGCAUGGCUCGAGAGGGGCAUGCUAGGAAUGAGCUUGCACAAAGUGAGGAGGCAUCAAAUGCAGCACGAGUGAAGACAGUGGAUACCUUGUUCCAGUGUGGCACGCCGGGUUACAUUGCCCCAGAGUACGCAAUCCACUCCAAACUCACAGUGAUGAACGACGUCUAUGCUUACGGUGUGGUUGUUCUCGAGCUUGUUGCCGGACAGAAAGCAAUCAUCAAGGCAGCAGAUGGUCGGCAGGUAGGACUCGUCGACUGGACUCGUCCGUACCUUUGCGAUGAACACUUGACGUACAAAAAGCUUUUGGAGAUCAUAGAUCCAAAGCUCGUUGCGAUCCUGUCGUCCAUGGAAGAAUGGGCUGCUGUCUACAGGCUUGCAAUGGUUGGCUACGGGUGCACACAUGACGAUCCACGGCGCAGGCCAUCAAUCGCAUCAGUUCUGGAGACAGUCAUGCAAACCUGCAAAACUGCAGCAAAUGUCAGUACAGGGUUCUCAGCACCUGGUCCUGCUUUCAGCCCACCAGCCGCCCGUUAGCCAUAAGAGUCGUCCACAGAAUCCUGCCGUCCAUUAAACAGCAAUCAUGAGCUGCCGUCUACAGGAGCCCGCAAUCGCCGGCCACGGGUGCUCACACAAGGAAUCGGAUCUACGAUGCAGGUCUUCAAUGACAGCAGUUCUGUAGAUUGCCAUGAUGAUGGAAAUUUACAGCUCUGCAACAACUGUCGGCGCUUUCAGCCCUGCCAACCGCGUGUUGGCCAUAAGUCUUAUAGCCACACGAGAAACUCUAUCAGCCGUUGACGAAACAAAAAAAAGCUUUCAGU